AUGAUGGAGAGCCUGGCUGCCUCCCCGGGCCAGACCAGUCCCAAGCCGAAUGAGACAGAUACUUUUGCGAUUGACCCUCUGAUCAUUGUCGAAUACCUGGCCAGUGUGCUCGAAAUUACACUUGGGGCUACGAGAAAGGAGCUGGAGAAUACUGGCAGUCUGCUGGCACCGGAGUCGAGGUCACAUACAAUCCAGCGAUGUACUCGAUUCGCCUCGGAAAACCAGGUGGCACUCUAUGUGACCAAGGAUAUUGCCUCAGCAGGAGGGCUGGAUGGCGUAAUCGAUGAAUCAAGUGUGUAUCUACCAGCAAACUCUGUAACUUAUAACUACACUCUUGCAACGGAUAUUUCCUUCUCUCCAUCGACGACUGCUUCGAUUGCGCUUUUAAAACGACCAUACCCAAUAGACCCCACGAUACCCAUUACUUCUCAAGUACAAAUUCUUAAUUUACCAGGUGCAGCGUCUUUAAACAGCAGCACAAAUGGACAGGCCGGAUCGGCAGUCAGUCCCUACGAGGUUCUACACUCGAUUGUCCACCUUGCGCUGGCGCCAUAUUUCGACGCGUAUACCAAAAAUCAACACAGUCUGAACGGACCUCGUGGCAGAUCAGAGGCGGAUGGCAAGACCGGGGUUCCGAUGACCAAGAAGAGGAUGGCCGAGUUGGAGUUGAGCUUGCUACAUCUUCAACAAAACAUUGAGAUUCCCGACUUGGUUUUGCCACUGCACCCAAUGAUCCAGAAUGCUGUGGAGGAGGCUGCAAGCCGAAACAUAAAACCUACGUCGGAAUUUUUACCGCCAAAUCUCCUCCAGGACAGCACCUUCCUCAAUAGUCUACAAUCGAUUGUGAAUGGGUGGAUCAAAUCGAUACAGACAAUCACGAAGAUGGACAGGGACGCUGCUAGCGGGACUGCUACGCAAGAGAUCAACUUUUGGUUAUCUCUGGAAUCGGCAUUGCUAGGAAUUGAUAAUCAGCUUCGUACAGAAGGCGUGCAUCUCACCCUGGAUAUCCUGAAGGCCGCAAAACGUUUCCAGGCUACUAUCAGCUUUACUGCAGAUACCGGAUUGAAGGAAACGACUGAGCGUGUGCAGAAAUACAAUCAGCUCAUGAGAGACUUCCCACUGGAUGAGCUGCUUUCUGCGACUUCUUUGUCCAAGAUCCAAGAUGCUGUGGAUCUGAUCUUUGCGCACCUGAACAAGAAACUGAGGAUAUGCCCUUACCCAAUCAGGAGAGCAUUACCACUUGUUGAACUCAUCUCUGCUGAUCUCGAUACUCAAUUACAUUCAAUGCUACACGGCCGAUCGUUGAUGCAUUUGGAAUAUCGGGAAUUUCAGAACCUCAUGGCAACAGCUGAACAGAUUUGGAAGAUAUGGGAUGAGAAUGUCAAAGAGUUCACAAACGUUGCUCGAGAAGUCACUCGGCGCAGAAACGAAAAGUUCAUUCCGAUCAAGAUAGUACCAAAGCACGCUGAGCUCCAAGCGCGACUGAAGUAUGUCAGUACUUUCCGUGACAACCAUGAGCAGCUGCAGAGAACCAUAGUCAACGUACUUGGUCCCAAGCUUGGAGAAGGAGACAGCAAUGGUGUAGUCCUUGUUGAAGAAAUGGGUGACGUUGAUGCUGUAGAGGAGGUUCAGCAAGCUUAUGCGGCAUUGAACAACGUUGAUUUGCUAGAUGUUACUCCCGAAGGAACUCGAGUCUGGGUACAAGCAGAAAUUACCUACAACGAGCGCACAUCAAGAGUUGAGAAUUCGAUUAUUGCACGCCUACGCGAUCGACUGGCAACUGCCAAGACCGCCAAUGAGAUGUUCAGAGUGUUUUCGAAAUUCAAUGCGCUUUUCGUUCGGCCCAAGAUCCGUGGGGCGAUUACCGAGUACCAAACGCAGCUCAUCGACAAUGUCAAACACGAUAUCUCGUCAUUGCACGAGCGAUUCAAGCAACAGUAUGGCCACUCCGAGGCGCACGCAAUGGCACAGCUUCGUGAUCUUCCCCCAGUCUCGGGUGCGAUCAUCUGGGCUCGCCAAAUUGAGAGACAGCUUAAUGGUUACAUGAAGAGAGUCGAGGAUGUCCUUGGACAUGACUGGGCUCUUCACUCCGAGGGCCAGAAGUUGCAGAGUGAAAGCAAUCUGUUCCGCAAGAAACUGGACACCCGCCCAAUUUUCGAAGCUUGGCUCCAUGAUGUCCAGCGGAAACAAAUUUCUAUUUCUGGCCGAUUGUUCAACAUUAACAAGAUUCGCGCAGCGAACAAUGCGCUUGAAUUGGCCGUGAACUUUGACUCCCAAGUCAUCGCACUCUUCAAGGAAACACGCAAUCUCUUAUGGCUUAAUUACGCUGUUCCCCACCAGAUCAACAACGUUUCCAAGGAAGCCAAGCGGGUCUAUCCUUAUGCAGUCAGUCUGAUGGAAAGCACCCGCACGCUGGCCCAGACGAGUCGACAAAUCGCUCAGAUGUCUGACGUGGCCAUUCUCCUUGGUGGCUACCAGAACGACGUCCAGAAUCUGAUCAUUAAGGGAAUUCCAUUGAAGUGGGAGUCAUUUGUUCAUUCAUAUGAAUUACACACCAAGAAUUCGUACCUGAACGGUCCGCUGGACAAUGCUAUCGGUGGGCGAAACGAGAGCAAGCACGUUCAGUUUGUGCGAGAGUUCGCAGCUGCGGUUUCCUUGUUGCAGACUAAGACAGCGGCACUAGCCACAACCAACAUCACCAUUCAAAAGGCGCUUGGGGAAUUGGAGACAUGCCCCUACGAUUCGGCAUCGUUUCAACAACGACUGGAAAUAGUCCAAAUGGCCGUUGAUCAGCUGAAUCUUGAGAAUUAUGUCAAUCUAAGCUAUUGGGUCAGAGAAAUGAAUGCACGAAUCAAGGUCACUCUUUUGGUUCGUUUGCGACAAGCCAUUUCUUCAUGGAUCGAGGCAUUUGAGAGCGAGCGCUCCGAAGGAGUUAAUGACGAUAGCCGUCGAAAGCAUCUUAGCUUGUCGACCAGCUUAUCUGGAGAACAAGGCCCUUCCUUGAAACGACUUGUGCACGAAGUAUCGAUGCGAAACCAAGUCAUCUACCUAGAUCCGCCUCUCGCCUUCGCUCGGGCAAACUGGUUCUUGCAAUUACACGAAUGGCUUGGUGUUGUCUGCAACCUGCGCAAAGUCAAGUCUUCCAGAUACGAGAUGAGUCUUUCGACCGGUAACGAUACCGAAGCUCGUUUCACAGAUCUUCCUGCGUCUUGCACAGAUAGCCUUUCUCAAGUCUACACGUGCAUCGAGACCAAACUGGACCAUGUCAAUGCCUACGUGGACAAAUGGCUGCAGUUCCAGUCGCUUUGGGACCUUCAAUCUGAACAGGUCUACGAAGAACUCGGUGAGCAGUUAUCCAAAUGGCUCCAGUGCAUUCAAGAUAUCCGGAAGGUACGUAGCACUUUCGACACGACCGAAGUGAGCCGUUCUUUUGGCCACCUCUCCAUCGACUACGAUCAAGUUCAGACGAAGGUAAAUGCCAAGUACGACCAGUGGCAGCAUGAGAUCCUGACGAAGUUCGCGGUGAGACUUGGGAUACGUGUUCGCGAAGUUUAUUCCGAAAUUGAAAAAGCACGUAAGGAUUUGGAAGUCCAGUCUCUGGAAGCAACAUCCACGGCCCAAGCUGUACAAUUCAUCACCAUUGUACAAACAUGUAAGCGUAAGGUUAAGGCCUGGGGUCCCGAGGUGGAUAUAUUCAGACAGGGUCAGACGACUUUGGUCCGGCAAAGAUACCAAUUCCCAGCAGACUGGUUGAAUGUUGAGCAAGUUGACUCAGAAUGGAUGGCUCUGAAUGAGAUCCUUGCUAGGAAGGCAAAGAUCGUGCAGGAUCAGACAGAUGCCCUCCGUGCGAAGAUCACGGCCGAAGACAAGGUUGUAGGUGAUAAGAUUGUCGAAAUCACCGGCCAGUGGAACGAAGAGAAACCAGUCUCGGGAACAAUUGCUCCUGACGUUGCAUCGGCGACAUUGAUGUCUUUCGAAGCCCGCAUUACCAGACUUCACGAAGACUCAGAAAUGGUUUCUCGAGCCAAGGAAGCAUUGGACCUUCCCGCAAACCCGGACACUACCCUUACUGCAAUACUUGAGGAAGUCCAAGAUUUCAAGUCUGUUUGGGCCGCGCUGUCCACAAUCUGGAAAAGUCUCAAUGAACUUCGUGAGGCACUGUGGACUCAGGUUCAACCUCGCAAGCUCAGAUCUAGUAUCGAUGGUUUGAUCAAGAUGACUAAAGAGAUGCCCAGUCGAAUGCGACAAUAUGCAGCCUUUGAACACAUCCAGAAUAUCCUCCGUCAAUUCCUUAAAGUUAACCCUAUAAUUGCAGAUCUGAAAUCCGAGGCUGUCCGGGAACGCCAUUGGAACAAGAUUUUCAAGGCUCUCAAGCCUGGAAAGCGAUACUCACCAAUCUCCAUGACACUCGGCGAUGUCUGGGAUCUCCAUCUCGCUGCCAGUGAAGUCGUCAUCCGAGAUAUUAUUGCUCAAGCUCAGGGCGAAAUGGCCUUGGAGGAAUUCUUGAAGCAAGUUCGAGAAAUCUGGUCCAAUUACUCCCUUGAUCUUGUCAACUACCAGAAUAAGUGCCGACUCAUCCGUGGAUGGGAUGAUCUGUUUGCGAAAUGCAGCGAGAACCUCAACUCUUUGCAAGCUAUGAGGCAUUCUCCCUACUACAAGGAAUUCGAAGAGGAGGCAUCAUCCUGGGAAGACAAACUCAACCGAGUUCACGUUCUUUUUGAUGUAUGGAUCGACGUUCAGCGUCAAUGGGUGUACUUGGAGGGCGUAUUCACUGGAAAUGCAGACAUCAAGCAUCUGCUACCUAUUGAGUCUUCCAGAUUCCAGAACAUAAACUCUGAAUUCUUUGCGGUCAUGAAGAAGGUCUACAAGCAGCCAUUUGUCCUCGAUGUUCUCAACAUCUCUGGGGUUCAGAAAUCUCUUGAACGUCUUGCAGAAUUGCUCAACAAGAUUCAGAAGGCUCUAGGAGAGUAUCUUGAGCGUGAGAGAGUCUCAUUUCCCAGAUUUUAUUUCGUUGGCGACGAAGACCUUCUCGAGAUCAUCGGCAACAGCAAUGACACCUUGCGCAUUGCGAAGCACUUCAAGAAGAUGUUCGCUGGCCUGUCCGGACUGAUCAUGGACGAAGACCAUCUCAUUUCUGGGUUCACUUCAAAGGAAGGCGAGGAGGUCAGACUGAAGAAGGAGAUUUCCCUGAUCAAGACCCCCAAGAUCAACGACUGGCUAGCCUUGCUUGAGAGCAGCAUGAAGUCAACUCUCGCUGAGCUCCUGGCUGAGGCCAUUGAACAAUAUGAGCCAAUUUUCAACUCCGAAGAGGUUGAACAGGCUUCUUUGAAUGCUUACAUUUCUGCGUUUCCCAGUCAGAUUGUUGUUCUUGCUACUCAGGCAGUUUGGACCUCCACUGUUGAGAAGUCUCUGGAAGCUGGUGGCUCUACUCUUGAGCAUCUCUAUGAGCAAGAGGUCAAGGUACUCCGACUUCUUGCAGCCACGGUUCUUGGUGAUCUCGAUCCCAUUCAACGAAAGAGAUGUGAACACCUCAUAACGGAAUGUGUCCAUCAACGAGAUGUUAUUGAGAAGCUAAAGAACAUGGAGGCUUCUUCUCCGACUCAUUACCAUUGGCUUCUUCAAAUGCGUUAUGUCUACAAGGCCGAAGGAGACUGGCUUCAACGCUUGCACAUCAAAAUGGCAAAUGCCACGCUCAAUUACGGAUUUGAGUACCUUGGAGUUGCCGAACGUCUUGUACGAACUCCACUUACCGACCGUUGUUUCUUGACUUUAACACAGGCACUUUGCCAACGAUUGGGUGGCUCUCCUUAUGGUCCUGCUGGAACUGGUAAGACCGAGUCCGUCAAGGCUCUGGGUGUACAGUUGGGACGAUUUACACUCGUCUUCUGCUGUGAUGAUACUUUCGAUUUCCAGGCGAUGGGUCGCAUUUUUCUUGGUAUCUGUCAGGUUGGAGCUUGGGGUUGUUUCGAUGAGUUCAAUCGGCUGGAAGAGCGUAUCUUGUCUGCCGUUUCUCAGCAGGUCCAGAACAUCCAGCUUGGUCUCAAGCAAGGCAUGGAGGAUGAAAAGUCGCAAAUUGAACUGGUCGGCCGGCAACUACGAGUCAACGCUAACACCGGCAUCUUCAUCACCAUGAAUCCCGGAUACGCUGGGCGUUCCAACCUUCCAGACAAUCUUAAGAAGCUGUUUAGAAGUGUCGCAAUGUCUAAGCCCGACAAAGAGCUCAUUGCCGAAGUCAUGCUUUACUCUCAAGGUUUCAACCAAGCCAAGCAGCUUUCGAAACAGACUGUUCCAUUCUUUGACAGUUGUGCCGCGAAGCUUUCGAAGCAGGCACAUUACGAUUUCGGACUUCGUGCUCUCAAGAGUGUACUUGUCAGCUCUGGUGGACUCAAGCGUGCCCGUCUCACUGAUUCAGGUGGCGAUCUGGGCCCAGAGGAGGAAGUGGAACCUCAAAUUAUCGUCCAGAGCAUACGUGAAACUAUUGCUCCCAAGUUGAUCAAAAGUGACGUCGAGAUCAUGAGAUCAAUCGAGGCGGAAUCCUUCCCUGGCGUCCAGUACGUGCCAGCCACUCUCAAGGAAUUGAAGGCAGCGAUUCACUCCAUUGCAGACGAGAGGCAUCUUGUCAUGAACCCAACCUGGAUGACGAAGAUCCUUCAACUCUACCAAAUCCAGACCAUCCACCACGGUGUCAUGAUGGUUGGAAAUUCUGGAUCUGGAAAAUCUGUUGCAUGGAAGCUUCUUCUUCAGGCCUUGCAACAAGUAGAAGGCGUCGAAGGCGUGUGCCACAUCAUCGACUCAAAGGUCAUGUCAAAGGAGGCAUUAUACGGAAAUUUGGAUUCAACUACUCGGGAGUGGACUGAUGGUCUUUUCACAAGCAUUCUGCGGAAGAUUGUGGACAAUCUACGCGGAGAAGAGGCCAAGAGACACUGGAUAGUAUUUGAUGGUGAUGUCGAUCCCGAAUGGGUAGAGAACCUGAACAGUGUGCUCGAUGACAACAAGCUUCUCACGCUUCCCAAUGGGGAGCGUCUUAACCUGCCUUCCAAUGUUCGCAUCAUGUUCGAAGUCGAGACUCUCAAGUAUGCCACUCUAGCCACUGUCAGUCGUUGUGGAAUGGUGUGGUUCAGCGAGGAUACUGUAACAUCCAACAUGAUGGUCAGCAAUUACCUAGAUACAUUGCGAGCCGUGGCGCUCGAAGAUCUGGACGAAGAUGCUGUCUCGACUGGUCAAACAGCUGCAAAGGCCCUAGCUCUUCAAGGUCAAGUUGCGGAUCUCCUCGACGCUUUCCUCACCACUGGUGACUUCAUCCUGAAUGCUCUUGAGCGCGCCCGAGGAUUCAACCACAUUAUGGAGUUCACAGUCGCUCGAGUUCUCAACACACUGUUCUCUUUGCUAAACAAGGGCGUCCGCGAUAUUAUCGAGUAUAACAAUCAGCACGUCGACUUCCCACUCGACCCGGACCAGGUCGAAUCUUUCAUCGCCAAGAAGCUGUUGCUGGCCUUGGUCUGGUCACUGACCGGUGAUUGUCCUUUGGGAGAUCGCAAGAGCUUCGGAGAUUGUUUGGCUGGCCUUGCUACCUUUGGAUCCCCCAUCAUGGGAGAUAACUCUUCGUUAAUCGAUUACGAUGUCACUUUACCAAAGGCCGAGUGGAUACCCUGGCAAAACUCGGUCCCGACUAUUGAGGUCAACACUCACUCAAUCACUCAGACUGAUGUUGUUAUCCCCACGCUGGAUACUGUACGCCACGAGGAUGUUCUUUACUCCUGGCUUGCUGAACACAAGCCUCUCCUUCUGUGUGGUCCUCCGGGUUCCGGAAAGACGAUGACUUUAUUCAGCGCUCUCCGCAAGUUGCCUAAUAUGGAAGUCGUGGGCUUAAAUUUCUCUAGCGCCACAACACCAGAUCUCCUCAUCAAGACUUUUGAGCAGUACUGUGAGUACAAGAAGACAUUAAAUGGAGUCAUUCUUUCGCCAACGCAAAUCGGACGGUGGCUGGUGCUCUUCUGCGACGAAAUCAACUUGCCAGCUCCCGAUAAGUAUGGCACACAAAGAGCCAUCUCAUUCCUGCGACAACUUGUCGAGCAAAACGGAUUCUGGCGUACCUCAGACAAGACAUGGGUCACUCUCGACCGCAUCCAGUUCGUCGGUGCUUGCAAUCCUCCAACCGAUGCUGGUCGAACACCCAUGGGGGCUCGAUUCUUACGGCAUGCUCCACUUGUUAUGGUCGAUUACCCGGGUGAAUUGUCGCUCCAGCAGAUUUACGGUACAUUCAAUAGCGCCGUUCUUAAGAUCAUCCCAUCUCUUAGAGGGUAUUCCGAAUCUCUCACCAAAGCUAUGGUCCAGUUCUAUCUCGAAUCCCAGCAGCGUUUCACCGCAAAGAUUCAGCCCCAUUACGUCUACAGUCCUCGUGAACUUACAAGAUGGGUCCGGGGUAUCUACGAGGCUAUUCGGCCUCUUGAGACACUUUCUGUAGAGGGAUUGGUUCGUAUCUGGGCCCACGAGGCACUUCGCUUGUUCCAGGAUCGUCUCGUUGCAGAAGAUGAACGCAACUGGACUAACGAUGCCAUCAAUCGUACCGCUUUAGACCAUUUCCCAACAAUUGAACAGGACAAGGCCCUUGGUGGCCCGAUCUUGUUCUCCAACUGGUUGUCGAAGAACUACGUCCCUGUGGACCGAGAGCAAUUACGCGAGUUUGUCAGAGCCCGACUGAAGACUUUCUGUGAGGAGGAGGUCGAUGUUCCGUUGAUCUUGUUCAAUGAUGUCCUCGAGCACGUCCUUCGUAUCGAUCGUGUUUUCCGACAGCCCCAGGGACAUCUCAUCUUGAUCGGAGUAAGUGGGAGUGGAAAGACAACCCUAUCUCGAUUCGUUGCAUGGAUGAAUGGUCUCAAGGUUUUUCAGAUCAAGGUUCAUGGCAAGUACUCUGCCGAGGACUUUGACGAUGAUCUUAGAGAUGUUCUUCGCCGCUCAGGUUGCAAGGGAGAGAAGAUUUGUUUUAUCAUGGACGAAUCCAACGUUCUUGACUCUGGGUUUCUCGAGAGAAUGAACACACUGCUGGCCAACGCUGAAGUGCCAGGUCUGUUCGAGGGCGAUGAGCUCGCAUCACUGAUGACAGCUUGCAAGGAAGGUGCUCAACGCCAAGGUCUGCUCCUCGAUUCGCAGGAAGAAUUGUAUAAGUGGUUCACUGGGCAGAUUGUCAAGAAUCUCCACGUCGUUUUUACCAUGAAUCCGCCUGAAGAUGGCCUUUCUUCUAAGGCUGCAACCAGUCCAGCCCUGUUCAAUCGUUGCGUCCUUAACUGGUUCGGAGAUUGGUCUGAUCAAGCAUUAUUCCAGGUUGGUACAGAGUUAACUCAACGUGUCGACCUCGAUAGGCCCAAUUUCACAGCUCCCGACAGCAUCCCUGUAGCCUACCGUGAUCUUGUUCUUCCACCCUCCCAUCGUGCGGCAGUUGUUAAUUCGAUGGUCUACAUCCAUUACUCGCUUCACCGAUUCAACGUCAAGCUGCUCAAGCAACAGAAUCGGGUUACAUUUCUCACUCCCAGACACUUCUUGGAUUUCGUGGCGCAAUACGUCAAGCUCUACAAUGAGAAGCGCGAAGACCUGGAAGAGCAACAACGCCAUCUCAAUGUCGGUUUAGAAAAGUUAAGAGAUACAGUCGACAAGGUGCGAGACUUGCGUGUUAGUCUGGCAGAGAAGAAGGAUCAACUGGAAAGAAAGGACGCCGAAGCUAAUGAGAAGUUGCAACGUAUGGUGGCAGAUCAGCGAGAGGCUGAGCAGCGGAAGACAACUUCCUUGGAGAUCCAAGCUGCCUUGGAGAAGCAGGAGGUGGAGGUUAGCGAGAGAAGAGAGUUGGUUUUGAAUGAUUUGGCUAGUGCGGAGCCGGCAGUUCUGGAAGCACAGAAGAGUGUCAGCAACAUCAAGCGUCAACAUCUGACGGAAGUGAGAUCUAUGGGCAACCCUCCUGCGGGUGUAAAGCUUGCGCUUGACUCAGUGUGUACCUUGCUCGGUCACAAAGUCGACAGCUGGAAGACCAUACAAGGAAUUGUUCGAAAAGACGACUUCAUCGCCAGCAUCGUCAACUAUGACAACGAAAGGCAGAUGACCAAGAACCUCCGCAUCAAGAUGCGUAACGAAUACCUUUCCAAUGAUGACUUCACAUACGAGAAGGUGAACCGUGCCAGUAAAGCGUGUGGUCCGCUAGUUCAGUGGGUCCAGGCACAAGUCAACUACUCGGAAAUUCUUGACCGUGUUGGUCCGCUCAGAGAGGAAGUGGGUAUGCUCGAAGAGCAAGCACUUCAAACAAAGGCAGAGGCACAGGCUAUCGAGAACACUAUCAACACUCUCGAGCAAAGUAUCGCAACGUACAAGACUGAGUACGCCGCUUUGAUCAGCGAGACUCAAGCCAUCAAAACCGAGAUGACUCGCGUCCAAUUCAAAGUUGAUCGUAGUGUUCGACUGCUGGACAGUUUGUCUUCCGAGAGAGUACGUUGGGAAGAGGGCAGCAAAUCCUUCGAGACACAGAUCGCUACUCUUGUAGGGGACGUACUUGUUGCAGCCGCUUUCCUUGCAUAUAGUGGUCUCUACGAUCAACAGUUUCGAAAGAAUAUGAUGGACGAUUGGCUCCACCAACUUCAGAUGUCUGGCAUCGAUUUCAAACAGCACAACCCAAUCACCGAAUACCUUUCGACCGCUGAUGAAAGACUCGGAUGGCAAGAGAACUCAUUGCCUGUCGACGAUCUGUGCACAGAGAACGCCAUCAUCCUGGAGCGUUUCAAUCGAUACCCUUUGAUCAUUGAUCCCUCUGGCAGAGUGACCGAUUUCCUUCAAAAGCAAAGCCAGGAUAGACGCCUCACCGUCACGAGUUUCCUGGACGACUCAUUUACCAAGCAACUGGAGAGUUCCCUCCGUUUUGGAAACCCAAUUCUAAUCCAAGAUGCGGAAUACCUGGAUCCAGUGCUCAACCAUGUGUUGAACAAAGAGUACCAAAAGACUGGCGGUCGUGUUCUCAUCCAGCUCGGCAAACAAGAAAUUGAUUUUUCACCAGCUUUCAAGAUCUAUCUUUCGACCAGAGAUCCUUCCGCGACGUUCGCACCAGACAUUUGCUCACGUACUACGUUUGUCAAUUUCACCGUUACUCAGAGCAGUCUUCAAACCCAGUCACUCAACGAGGUUCUCAAGUCUGAGCGACCUGAUGUCGAUGAGCGAAGAUCCAAUCUCAUCAAGCUACAAGGUGAAUUCAAGGUGCAUCUUCGACAGUUGGAGAAGCGUUUGCUGCAGGCACUGAACGAAUCGCGAGGCAAUAUUCUGGAUGAUGACAACGUGAUUGAGACUCUUGAGACUCUCAAGAAGGAAGCUGCCGAGAUCUCGAUCAAGAUGAGCAACACCGAAGGCGUCAUGACAGAGGUUGAUGAGAUCACACUUCAAUACAAUAUCAUCGCACGAUCUUGCAGUGCAGUAUUUGCUGUGAUUGAGCAGCUACAUUACCUCAACCAUUUCUACCAGUUCUCGCUGCAGUACUUUCUCGACAUUUUCCACUCUGUACUACACGGAAACAAGCGAUUGACCAAUGAGACAAACCACAACGUCCGCCGAGAUAUCAUCAUCGAGGAUCUGUUCAUCACUACCUACCAACGCACAUCUCUCAGUCUUCUACAAAAGGAUAGGAUCACGCUAGCCAUGCUUCUCGCGCAAGCCGCUCCCUACAAGAUGGACAAGACUCUCAUCGAUGUGAUCCUCGACGAAAGCAUUGAGGGCACAGACGUCUCAACCGAGUCGCACAAGAAAGACGAAGUCCUCGCGAGAGCAGUGAAACUUGCCGCUCUCAGAGGUAAGCUCGAGGUGGUUUCCCCAGAAGCUUGGGAACGCUUCCUGUUCGAGGAGAUGGGCGAGAAAUACGUCCCACAGAUUUGGGAGGAUAACGUCGAGAAGCGGGAUCAGGAACUCCUGUCUCUGCUGCUCGUCAAGCUGUUUCGCCUUGAUCGAUUCGUGCCGGCUGCCGAAAGAUUUGUUACUGCUGUCUUCGGUCCUGGUAUCUUUGAUACAACAGAGGAUCUUAAGGAUACCGUUGAACAAGUGUCUGCGAGUCGGCCAAUCGCCCUCUGUUCAAGCCCUGGCUUCGACGCCAGUUACAAGGUCGACAACUUGGUUGAGCGCUCUCGGGCAGCGUGUACCAACAUUGCCAUGGGAUCUAAUGAAGGCCCAGCAACCGCAGACAAAGCCAUCGCUAACGCUGCUGCGAACGGAUCAUGGGUUCUUGUCAAGAACGUACAUCUUGCACCAACUUGGCUGCAAAGUCUAGAGAAGAGAAUGGAUUCACUCAAGCCUCAGGCCAACUUCAGACUGUUCCUGUCCAUGGAGUCUAGUCCCAAGAUUCCAGUCAACCUUUUGAGGGCGUCCCGCGUCUUGAUGUACGAGCAACCUGCUGGAGUGAGAGCAAACAUGAAGGAUUCGAUGACUUCUCUGUCGACGAGAGCUACAAAAAAUCCGGUGGAGCGAACCAGACUGUACCUACUUCUGUCUUUCUUGCACGCUGUAGUCCAGGAGAGACUGCGAUAUGCCCCUAACCUGGGCUGGAAGGGUUUCUGGGAAUUCAACGACAGUGAUUAUGAAUGUUCUGCAUUCAUCAUUGACACUUGGGUCGAGGCAGUUGCCAUGGGCCGCACAAAUGUUGCACCCCAGAACUUGCCUUGGGAGAUGAUCCGCACCUUGAUCACCGAGACGUAUGGAGGAAAGAUUGACGACGAGGGAGAUUUUGCUCGCCUCAAUCAACUUGUGAACUCUUUUAUGACACCUGCAGCAUACGAUAUCGGCCACAAACUGGUGGAGGGUGUUGCAGGGAACGGCACAUCGGAUGUCGAUGGCAGCUUGGUCGUGCCCAGUGGAACCACUCUCACAGAUUUCACCGAGUGGAUUAAGAACUUACCAGAGCGCGAGCCACCUACAUAUCUCGGCCUACCCGCCAACGCAGAGAAGUUGCUGCUCGUUGGACAGGGUCUAAGCAUGAUCCAGAACCUGGGAAAGAUUACAGAGUUGCUAGAUGAGGGAGAGCAGCUGAUGGCGGAAGCUGCAUAG